CUCUCUUUUUUUUACAAUUUCUCUUCUUAAAAUCUGACUUUAAACCUAAAUUUAACCACACUACAAACCUUAUGUAUAACCCUUAAAUUAAAUUAAGACCAAAAAGCAACAAAAUAAAGUAUGUAUUUUUACGAUAUAUCCCAUUUUGACUUUGUGGCUGUGGUAACUCGUGACAACCGUGUAGAACGUGUUCGCCAUAAUAAACCCCGAACAAGGCUGUGCUAAAACAAGUGAUAAGGUGCUGUGCGAAGCUGCAGUUUGUAUUGUUUUUAACAAUACAGGUCUAGCUAGCAAGUGUAUGUCGGGAUUUUUAAAAGUAUUUUUUUUUGUGGAAGGAAUAAGGAAAGCGAGGGAAAAUUGAGCAUAUCAAGCAUCAUGACCAAAUCACCUGUUGACCGUUGGAGUCUCUAGGGACCUAUGCAGCUGUCUGACUGGAUCUGUUCUGAACUGAAGCCCAAAGAAAGGUCCCCUUUGAGUCACUGGUUGCAACUGGAGAGGAAGUCGUGGCCACACCAUGGCGUCGGCAUCUGCCAGCGUGGAUUCCAAGGCAGAGCUGACUGCUCUGCUGGAGCAUUGGUUGGAGAAGUGGGAGGGGGAGCAGCAGGCUAGCACACCAGACCUGGUUAACAUCCUCACCAAAAUCUCAGAGCUGGUGGAGAGGGAGACUGAGGAAUAUCACAAAGCUGAUCCUGAUCCUUUUGAUGACAGGCACCCUGGGAGAGCUGAUCCAGAAUGCGUCUUGGGUCAUCUGCUUAAGAUCCUGUUCAAAGAUGAUGACUUCAUGAAUGCGCUGGUGAAUAGCUAUGUGAUGACCAGCAGAGAGCUCACCCUUAACACGGCAGCCUGUCGCUUGCUGCAGAACAUCAUGCCUGGGUUGGAGACCGCUGUGGUCUUUCAGGAGAAGGAGGGCAUAGUGGAGAGGCUGUUUAAAUGGGCCCAGGAGGCUGAGCAACCCCUGAUGAUCUAUGCUACGGGCCUGCUAGCUGGAGCCAUGGAGAACCAGGACAUCGCUGCCAACUACAGGGAGGAGAACUCAGUCCUGGUGCCUCUAAUGCUGCAGCGGCUACGUGAGCUGCAGGCCAAGGACACUGAGAACAGGAAGGAGUUUAAACGGCCCAGUCCCAGGAAGGCCCUGGGGGAACCUCUCCUUCCUCUGGAUGAGGAGACUGUUGACGGAGGCUUUGAGGACACCCCGUUCUCCUCUGGGAAUAACGGCACAGAGAGGGUGGAGAAGGGACCAGAGGAGGACAGAGAUGAGAACCCCUUCCCCUCAGGGAAUAACAGAACAGAGAAGGGACCAGAGGAGGACAUAGAGGAGAGCCCAUUCCCCAGCAAUGAGUCUGACAACUCUUCCCACAAGAUCAGCAGCUGCACCAGCUCGUCCAUUAAAGGCCUGAUGAAACCUGUGUCUGCCCCGCAGUCUCUGUCCCACCGGGACUUCCCAGAUGGCAGGGCGGAGGGCAGCAGUCACCUCAAGAGGAGGGCGGAGAGGGAGAAUGGACGGAAGGUGAAACAGAAGCUGAACUUCUCCCUGCCGGAGCCGGAGAGGAGCUUCAGCGAGCUGUCCAACAGCAGCUGGUCUGAGAUGAGCCCCUGGGUGAUUGGGAACAACUAUCACCUUUACCCUCUGACCCCAGAAAUGGAGCAGAGGCUCAUCCUACAGUACCUCACCCCUCUGGGGGAGUACCAGGAGCUGUUGGCUGUCUUCAUGCAGAUGGGAGCCUGUGAGCUGCUCAUCCAUUACAUGGACCUGAAGCAGACCAACGAUGUACAGCUCACCUUUGAGGCUCUCAAGUACCUGGCCUCCCUGCUCCUGCAUAAGAAGUUUGCAGCCCAGUUUGUGGCCCAUGGAGGAGUUCAGAAGCUUCUGGAGAUCCCCAAGCCUUCCAUGGCCGCCACAGGGGUGUCUCUGUGCCUCUACUACCUGGCCUACAACCAGGAUGCCAUGGAGAGGGUGUGUAUGCUGCCUCACUCCAUCCUGUCUGACGUGGUGAGCUACACUUUGUGGCUGUUGGAGUGUUCCCACGCCUCGGGCUGCUGCCACGCCACCAUGUUCUUCUCCAUUUCCUUCUCCUACCGAGCCGUGCUGGAGCUCUUCGACAGGCAGGACGGCCUCCGACGCCUCGUCAACCUGAUAAGUACGCUGGAGAUCUUAAACCCUGAAGACCAGGCGGCCCUGCUGAGUGAUGACCAGAUCUUCUCCAGCAGGCAGACAGCCAAGCACACCUGCAUGGCCCUGCGCAGGUUCUUCGAGGCCCAUCUGGCCAUCAAGGUGGAGCAGGUCAAGCAGUCCCUGCAGCGGACUGAGGGGGGCGCUCCCAUUCACCCUCAGCCCUACUACAAGGCGUGCAGCUACACCCAUGAGCAGGUGGUGGAGAUGAUGGAGUUCCUGAUCGAGUACGGCCCAGUCAGAUUGUACUGGGAGCCAGCUGAGGUCUUCCACAAGCUGUCCUGUGUUCAGCUGCUGCUGCAGCUCAUCUCCAUUGCUUGUGACUGGAGGACCUACUAUGGCAGAAGUGACACAGUGCGUUAUGCCCUGGACAUACUGAGCAUCCUGACGGUGAUCCCGAAGACCCAGCUGCUGAUGGCUGAGUCUGUGGCUGUGCCAGAUGGGGAGGGGGGUAAUGCAGUCUCCACUGUGGGUAUGAGUGUAGUCCUGUUGGUGGCGGAGGGAGAGGUGUUUGUGAACGACGCCGAGAUCCAGAAGUCUGCUCUGCAGGUGGUCAUCAACUGUGUGUGUGCUCCGGACAAACGCAUGUCCAGCAUCGGCAAGUUCAUCUCGGGCACUCCUCGCAGACGCCUGCCCCAGACUACCAAGAGCAGCGAGAGCGUGCUCAGCAAGAUGUGGAACGUGGUGCAGUCUAACAACGGCAUCAAGGUGCUCCUGUCCCUGCUGACGGUGAAGAUGCCCAUCACAGAUGCGGAUCAAAUCCGGGCCCUGGCCUGUAAGGCCCUGGUGGGUCUGUCCCGCUCCAGCUCAGUCAGACAGAUUAUCAGCAAGCUGCCUCUCUUCAGCAGCGGACACAUCCAGCAGCUUAUGAAGGAGCCUGUGCUUCAAGACAAACGCAGCGAACACGUCAAAUUCUGCAAGUUUGCGGCAGAGCUCAUCAAGCGAGUGUCUGGUAAACCCCUCAUGAUAGGGACGGAUGUGUCCCUGGCCUGGCUGCAGAGGGCUAAUGUGGUGGCCCAGUCCAGGAUCUCCUUCCCUGAGAAGGAGCUACUGCUGUUGAUCCGGAACCACCUGGUGGCCAAAGGCCUGCAUGACACGGCCACCACACUCACCAAGGAGGCCGACCUCCCCAUGGCCAUCCUCCCCCACCCAUCUUCCUCAGCUUUACUUCCUGUCGUUGUUCCCCCUCCUCCUGCCUCUCCUGCCCCUGCCCUCCCCCGGACCCCUCGGCUGGCCAAUGGGGUUGCAGCGCGGUUGGCGAGCCACGGCUCUCAUCCGUCCAUGCCGUUGUCAGUUCAGCCCCGUCCCUCGACAUCGCAACUCCUCGCACUCCCUCCGGCCGCCCCUCCCCUGUUGACCCCUCACCAAAGCAACGGCUCUCCCCUAAUUGGUCGGAUCGUGUUCACGCGAGAGCGCCCGUCGCCAUGCCCCGUGCCUGCCAGCUGUAAGAAGCCGCGGGUGCUGAGGCAGAAGUCAGAUUACGGUGCCUUCAGCCAGAGUCCAGCCAUGAAGAAACAGCUGGACAGACACCUGCCCUCUCCCCCCGCCCUGGACAGCAUCAUCACAGAGUACCUGAGGGAGCAGCACGCGCGCUGCAAGAACCCUGUCACCACCUGCCCCCCUUUCUCCCUCUUCACCCCCCACCAGUGCCCCGAACCCAAGCAGAGGCGCCAGGCCCCAACCAACUUCACCUCCCGAAACACACGCAGGGUCGUCUACCCCAAGUAUGGAGGGGUGGACGGGGGCUGCUUCGACAGACACCUCAUCUUUAGCAGGUUUCGUCCCAUGUCUGUGUUCAGAGAGGCAGAUGAGGAUGAGAGUGGGUUCAUGUGUUGUGCCUUCUCUGCCCGUGAGCGGUUCCUGAUGCUGGGGACGUGUACGGGCCAGCUCAAACUCUACAAUGUGUUCACAGGCCAGGAGGAGGCCAGCUACAGCUGCCACAGCUCUGCCAUCACACACCUAGAGCCAUCACGGGAUGGCUCUCUGUUGUUGACAUCGGCAUCAUGGAGUUAUCCUCUGUCUGCACUGUGGGGCAUGAAGUCAGUGUUCAUCAUGAAGCAUUCCUUCUUAGAUGAUCAUUAUGUGGAGUUCAGCAAACUCUCACAAGACCGAGUUAUUGGCACAAAGGAACACAUAGCCCACAUCUAUGACAUCCAGACGGGGCAGAAAACCCUGACCCUCAACUACCCGGACCUGGCCAAUAACUACAAGAGGAACUGUGCGACCUUUAACCCCACUGACGACCUGGUGCUGAACGACGGUGUACUGUGGGACGUGCGCUCGGCUCGUGCCAUCCACAAGUUUGACAAGUUCAACAUGAACAUCAGUGGAGUGUUCCACCCCAAUGGCCUGGAAGUCAUCGUCAACACGGAGAUUUGGGACCUGCGGACUUUUCACCUCCUCCAUACAGUGCCAGCUCUGGACCAGUGUAGGAUCGUCUUCAACAACAACGGCACGGUCAUCUACGGAGCGAUGCUCCAGGCAGAUGAUGAUGAUGACAUUAUGGAGAUGCAGACGAAGACUCCCUUUGGCUCCUCCUUCAGGACGUUCAACGCCACCGACUACAAACCCAUUGCCACCAUUGACGUGAAGAGGAAUAUCUUUGACCUCUGCACAGACACCAAGGACUGCUACCUGGCUGUGAUUGAGAACCAGGACUCGGUCAACACAGACACGGUGUGCAGACUGUACGAGGUGGGACGCCAGAGACUGGCUGAAGAGGAGGAGGAUGAAGAUGAUCAGGAGGAUGAUGAUCAAGACGAUGACGAUGAUGAUGAUGAUGACUCUGAUGAUGACAUGGACACAGACCCUCUGAUCGCUGAGCUGGAUAACGAAAACGGGGAGGAUGAGGAAGACGAGGAAGACGGGAACAAUGAAUUAUCUCUCUCCGACGAUGAGGUGUCUCGCCUGCUGGAGGGGGAUGGAGAGGAGGAGGAUGAUGAUGAUGAUGAUGAUGACUCGGAUGACGAUGAGGAAGAUGGGGACCUUGCCCUGGAUAACACAGACAGCUCUGACAACUCUGACCUUGAGGAUGACAUCAUCCUGUCCCUGAAUGAGUGAGGAGCCGUCGGUGUCUGGGACAGAGAAACUAGGACGACGCGUCCAGACUCCUGGAGAGAGCGCUCCAUGUGGAUGAACCUUCAUAAACAACUGAGACAAGACUAUAAGGUACAGUUAGAUAAGAGAGAGUUGGGCAGAAAGAAGGAUGGGAUUUGGGAAGUGAACUGAGGGCGCCAACAGAGCAUUGCCAGUUUGGAAUUCUGUCCAAUGCCCCCCACCACCCAGGAGCAAGUCAUCCUGGGAGAAGCUGAUGGAAGGAGUCAGUGAAGAGCCUAGAAGAGAGAUCCACCUUUCAAAAUGUUUCUACAGAAAUUGAAUUAGUGAGAAAAAAAAAUAGAAGAUUUGUAUAUGAUAUAGUUUUAUAUUACACUGUGGGCUUGAUGAGUGGAAAACGAUGUUUGUACAGACACAACAACAACUGAGGUUAUAAUUUUUUCAUUUUGAUUUCAUUAAAGCUCUUUCAAAAGUUUACCCUUUGAUAUGGACUAUCCUUUAUUUUUUAGAAUGCUGAAUGGCCACUGCUAUUUGUAGAUUUUUUUUAGAUUGUGAAACUGAAGGGCUGUUUUAAAUGGGGAAACUGAAUGAAGCUACUUCUGACUGUGGAUUGGUAAGGCAGUGUUGGCUGACUCAAACAUCCUGUUCUAUACUGCAUCAAUUCCCACAUGGCCUGCUGAAGACUAAGGUGCUGCAUGAGGCUUCCACUCUUAACACAGUCUAUGUGGAGCUAAAGCAGCCAUAUCCUCAGGUUCAUCUCCACUGCACCUUCUACUAUACAAACUUGACCAACGACUAAGACGCCACACACAAUAGUGCGAUCAAUGACCAACACCACUGGAUUUCACAGCAACAGAUCAAACAUGGUGCUCUUGAUAAAUGCUGAAAACUGGUAUUUUGUUUAGGAACUUCACACAUUAGUGAGUGUAAAAUGUGGACUACAAAUAUUGUCAGCACACGAUUGAUGUAGUUGUAUGUCUACAAAAUGAGGCCUUCAAGGAUGUCUGUCUUUUUCCAAGUAUGAAUUUGGCUUUGGUUGACAUUUUGAAUGGUGCUUGAUCUCAACCUUGGGUUUUUGCUGCCCACACACAGGUUAGUGUAAAGGAAUACAUACUUUACAUUUGAAUUGCAUGCAAACAUGUUAGGAUUUGUUUUGCGUUCAUUAGUGGACAUUUUGCUUGUUCAGUUUUUAGUAAGCUACAACCGGUUUCCCUUUCAUUUUACUCUCAUGGAACAACACCAACAGAACUUGACCUGGAUUGGAGAAUGUUUGCCUACUGUCAAUGAUGCAGACAGUGUAUUUUGACUGAAAUGUGCUUGUUUGGAUCAUCUUUCUGAACUUUUUAUGUUGGGUGGCUUUAGAAGCUAUUCCUGAUAAGUAUUAAAUUGUGGAUAGCUCUAUUAUUCACUUGCAACUUCUUUAUUAAGACACUCUAUUCAAAUGUAGAUGUGGUCUUACCUAUUGCCAAAACAUCAUGUUUUCUUUACCUUGUUUGAUUACAUUCUUUACCUUCUGCCUCUUCUCAUUUCUUCGAGGAGGCACUCUUGUAAAGAUCCAUAAAAACAUGUUCUGUACAGUAUGUAUCUAAAAGUAUUUUUACUAUAAAUAAAAUGAAAGGUUGA